UAGACACCGGAGGGGGCACCUGGGACCAACUUCACGAAGCGGGGAGCCCGGCGGGGGGGCUUGGGGGAGCAAAAGACCCGCGGCCUCAGCCCCUCCAAAGAACCGGGAGAUGACGGGGAAAGCGGGGGAAGCGCUGAGCAAGCCCAAAUCCGAGACCGUGGCCAAGAGUACCUCGGGGGGUGCCCCGGCCAGGUGCACAGGGUUCGGCAUCCAGGAGAUCCUAGGCUUGAACAAGGAGCCUCCCAGCUCCCACCCGCGGGCUGCCCUCGACGGCCUGGCCCCCGGGCAUUUGUUAGCUGCGCGCUCUGUCCUCAGCCCGGCAGGAGUGGGCAGCAUGGGGCUGCUGGGGCCCGGAGGGCUUCCCGGCUUCUACGCACAGCCCACCUUCCUGGAAGUGCUGUCCGAUCCGCAGAGCGUCCACUUGCAGCCACUAGGCAGAGCGUCGGGGCCGCUGGACACCAGCCAGACUGCCAGCUCCGAUUCCGAAGAUGUUUCCUCCAGUGACCGAAAAAUGUCCAAAUCGGCUUUAAACCAGACCAAGAAACGUAAGAAGCGGCGACACAGGACAAUCUUUACUUCCUACCAGCUAGAGGAGCUGGAGAAGGCAUUCAAUGAAGCCCACUACCCGGAUGUCUACGCCCGGGAGAUGCUGGCCAUGAAAACGGAGCUACCAGAAGACAGGAUACAGGUGUGGUUCCAGAACCGCAGAGCCAAAUGGAGGAAGAGGGAGAAGUGCUGGGGCCGGAGCAGCGUCAUGGCUGAGUACGGCCUCUACGGAGCCAUGGUGAGGCACUCCAUCCCCCUGCCAGAGUCCAUCCUCAAGUCGGCCAAGGACGGCAUCAUGGAUUCCUGCGCCCCAUGGCUACUGGGGAUGCACAAAAAGUCGCUGGAGGCAGCAGCCGAGUCGGGAAGGAAGCCCGAGGUGGAACGCCAGGUCCUGCCCAAACUCGACAAGAUGGAGCAGGAGGAACGGGCCCCGGAUGCUCAGGCAGCCAUCUCCCAGGAAGAACUGAGGGAGAACAGCAUUGCGGCCCUCCGAGCCAAAGCUCAGGAGCACAGCACCAAGGUUCUGGGGACUGUAUCCGGGCCUGACGGCCUAGCCAGGAAUGCUGAGAAGCCAGAAGAGGAGGAAGCCAUGGACGAAGACAGGCCAGCAGAGAAGCUCAGCCCCCCGCAGCUGGAGGACAUGGCUUAGGUUAAGGGCUGCAGGCCUUAAGACUGCUCUUCUCGGUCCUGUGGUGUGGGGAGUUCUCGCUGAGGCAGGGCUAUGUCUGGCUUCUGCUGCACCUCCCCACACCUCAGGCCCUCGACUACCCCACCGCUCUAGGCACAGGCCAGUUCUGGCGUAGCUUUGGAUCAUGCUGAGAUAUCCUGGACCUACUCCUGAUCCAGCGUCCUCAUCCUCAGCCCAGCUCCCCUGCCUCCAAAGCCUUCUUGCUACUCCAACAUCGAGGUCCGGCCAUUUCAUCCCUGAGAGACUCUUGUCCAAGCCUAACCCUUAUUCUCUGUUCUCUAAGCCUCCUUCUCAGCUCAGCCCCACUCGUGCACUCCAGCUCACAGCCUGGCAGAGCUGUGAUUGGAUUGAGGACCUGCACACCAGCUCCGGUGUCCUGAGCACCCCAGUACUGGGCAGGCAGGCCUUUCCCUCGUCACCUGUUCCUUCUCACAGACCUGGGUCCUGCUGUGUGAAUGCAUUGUUCCACGUGUGACCGCUGCGUUCUCUGCCCUACCUAAAGACUAAAAGGGCAAGUCUGUCUGAGUCCUUCCACAAACCUGUCUCAUGCUAGGCUGUGGGUCAUCCUCAAGCCUUUUCUGUACCCAGCCUGCCCUAUAGGUUCCUCCUUUGCAGAGGUGGGCUCACCACAUUGCCAGUGUCUACACCCUGCACCCUGAGGGUGGGGGCCCUUCUCGGCAAUGCUGUGUCUUGCUGUGCUGCUGGUGAGCCUUCGCCCAGAGCUUUUGCACGCCAGGGCCUGUGUUCCUGAAGCGUUUUGACCUUUCUGCCUAUGACGUUGACUUGCUGGUUAAAGCUUCCUCUCUCUAGAGCUUCUUGUAGCCCAGUGGUUCUCAAGCUUCCUAAUGCUGUGACCCUUUAAGACGGUUCCUCAUGCUGUGGUGACCACUCCCAUCCCCUAACCUUAAAUUUAUUUCCUUGCUACUUCAUAACUGUAAUUUUACUACUGUUGUGAAUCACAAUGUAAAUAUCUGAUAUGCAGAAUAUCUGACUAUGUGACUCCCCCAAAGGGGUCAUGACCCACAGGUUGAGAAUCGCUGUUGUAGCCGAUUGGUUCACAUGUGCCUGCUUUGGAGAAAACCAGUGCAGCUCGAAAGCCACAGACAUGGCCUCACGCUGACCUAGGCAGUCCUAAAAGGCCAGUCUAUCUAAAUCAGACCUGUGCUGUCUGCGCGCGCGCACACACACACCACACACACACACACACACACACACACACACACACACGAUGAAUAACAAGAAAGGUACAGGGAGAGCUCAAAGGACAACAAGGCAGGUAGCUAAUGAAAAACCCAGACUAAGCUCCAGACACUCCUAGCUCCAUGACAACUGUAUACCCAGAAACACAUCCAGAGAGAAGGAGCCAUGUUGGACUGAAAGACUUCUGCCUGCAAAGGAGUGGAGCUGUCCAUCCUGGUGGCCCGUCUGCAGAUGUCCCUUCCACCUGACUUUACACUUGUACCGGGGGGGUACCCGGCCUUAUGGAAUCCUCUGCUUCCAGAUUCCCAGGCCAACCACAAGAUCCCCUUCAUGCUGUGAAACUAGGCACCCCACCCACCAUUUAAGGGGCCGCCUCACAAGAGAGGCGUGAGGCAGUGAGUGGUGGUUUUAAAUCUGUUUUGACAGUUGAGUUCUUCUUUCUUCUGUUCAUAGAAUUCUCCCACUUCCCGGUUCUUGUCUUCUUCGGGUUGAGAUGUUAGACCGUAGUUCUGCUGUGUAAAUAUGUAUAUAACGUGAGAAGGAAGAGACUGGAUAUCGAGGUGUUUGAAACACUGAAGUGUCAGAACUUUUAGGUAUCUGAAGCAUAAUUUCUGUGCUGUUUUCUGUAAAGACACAAGCAAGAAUAAAAUUCAUGCGAAGACUGCUGGA